UUGGUAAAUCCUAUACCAAAGACAGGCAUUCAGAGAUAAACAACAGAUGGAGAAAAUGUACACCAUUGUUUCAAUGAUUUUAUUUUUAUUUAUGGAAUCUGGUGUGUUUUGUUCAACCUUUGGGAUUAUUUCACCAAUAAGUCCACAAGACAAGCCAUUUUCAGAACAAACUGUUCCUCUACUAGAUCUUUGUCGGAUUUGUGAAUUGUUCACAUCUGAUAAGCCUCUGGAAUGUAACCGUAACUGUCCGGAAAUUCCAAAUCAUGAGGCAGCAUUAACCAAAUCAGGAUCCAGAUCUAAAACAACCAUAAUAGGGGACGCACUGUGUGCCUUUUGCAGAAAAUAUCCAAUCUAUCUAUUAUCAGAGAUCUGCAGGAAAAAAAUAUGUUCCUAAUAAACCGUUAAAUCCAG